UUUGUUGUUGGCGGAAAAGCUUCAUCCUGGAAGUUUAAUCGAAUCCUUUUCUUUAUUCCCACACUGAUUAAGAUUAAUAUACCUGAUUUACCGAUGAGGCAUAGUCUCACGACUCCUCGGCGUGCUCAUGAACGUAAAUUUUAGAGACUAUUUCACUUAACGACCAACGAAAACGAUGGAGUUGUCCCCAGUCUGUUCUGAAGAAAACAGCAAUAAUGGAAGUAUUAAAUUUGACCGAAAUUACAGGAAGAGCAAAAUCCCAAGGGAUGUGGAGAUGGACAUUGAGUCCCUCUACAAAGCUGUUCCUCAGCUGGCUAAGGUUUUCCGCAUCAUAGACAAAAUCGGAGAAGGUAUUCACUUUGCAAAACUUCACCCACACAUAAUUCAAGGAACUUUCAGCUCGGUGUAUCUGGGUGAGGCUCAGAUGAGGGAUGGGAGGAGAGAGAUGUUUGCGCUGAAGCACCUCAUCCCAACUAGCCACCCUACACGCAUUGCUGCUGAGCUUCAGUGUCUCACUAUUGCUGGAGGCAGAGAGAAUGUGAUGGGGGUGACGUACUGCUUCAGGAAGGAAGACCAUGUUGUGAUUAUUAUGCCUUAUAUGGAGCAUCAGCCUAUUGUGGAAAUCAUCGGCUCACUAAGCUUUGAAGAGGUGCGUCUGUACAUCUUCCACCUGCUGAAGGCUCUGAGACACAUCCACCAGUUUGGUAUCAUUCAUCGGGACAUCAAACCAAACAAUUUCCUCUACAACAGAAGCAGCAAAAUGUAUGCACUGGUGGACUUUGGCCUGGCCCAGGGCACUGCUGACACCCAGAUAGAGCUACUGAAGGUGGUGAGGCAGAGGCCUUCACAAAAAGGUGGAGGGUCCACAGGGAAACAGGAUGCCACACAACGAAGCAAAGCCCAAACUAAACUCCCUCCAAAAACCACAGUCACAGCUUCAACCUCACUACCUCCACCUCCACAGCAGACCACUGCUCUGCCUCCUUCCCCCUCCUCCUCCUCCACCACCAACACUUCUUCCUCAGCCUCUCAGAGGGCACUGGUUAAAAAAGCACGCUCUGUCUCCACUACCGUCACCACUUCUACCACCCGCACAAAGCACACAAAGGAUUUGACAGGACUACGUAAAGUGCCCCGGCCUGUGUUUGGAGAGAGGAGCCUGAACAGCUGCACUCCAGCUGCAUCCACAACCAAACAGACUGCCAUGAAGACUGAGCUAAUAAAGUCUGCAAAAGCAGAGGACCCAGCCAACCGAAGACUAUCUGCAGCCAGCCGGGGCCCGCAGCCUGUCCGGACUCAGAGCAGCAGUCAGAAACCUCAGAGGAGCGUACAGCAGAGCCUCACCUGUAACUGUCACCUGACUGACCGUGUAUGCAAUAUCUGCAUGUCCAGGAAGCAGCAGGUUGCUCCUAGGGCUGGAACCCCCGGCUUCAGAGCACCAGAAGUCCUCACAAAGUGUCCCAACCAAGGAACAGCGAUAGACGUGUGGUCAGCUGGUGUGAUCCUGCUCUCUCUGCUCAGUGGGCGUUACCCAUUCUUCAAAGCCAGCGAUGACCUGAUCGCCCUCACUCAAAUCAUGACCAUACGGGGCUCUAGAGAGACCAUCAAGGCUGCAAAAGCAUUUGGUAAGGCGGUGGUUUGCAGUCGGGAGUUGCCUCGACAGGAUCUCAGGACACUGUGUGAGACGCUGCGAGGACGUAGGCCGUCUCCAGAUGAUGAGGUCACACCACUUCCUGAAGCAAACACAGACUCAGCCGCCACCCAUCGUCACAAGAUCCACGAAGAAACACCAACACAUCGUCCUGCUGAGAAAACAUCAAAGCAACACAUAGACGGAGCAGGAGAAACUCUUCCUCACACCCAGAAACAGUCACAGAGCCCAGGAAUAGCUCACCUCGCUAAACAAAGCUCAGCAAUGGACUGUAAGGUGGAGGACGAUGAGCGGGGCUGGGAUAAGGUUCCUGAUGAGGCCUACGACCUGCUGGACCGGCUCCUGGACCUGAACCCUGCCACCAGGAUCACAGCCGCUCAGGCCUUGCAGCACCCUCUGUUCAUAGACCUGUGAGACCACAGACCUGGGAGUUCAGGCUGAAUAAACCGCGUGGUUCAGCGAUAUAAAGGGUUUUGUGGAUUUACAAACUGUCACUCACUAGAGUAAAAAGUCCGCCCCUUAUAAAAAUACAGUUGCUGCUUUUCACAGCAUCUUUAAAGGGAUAUUUCUGUAUUUUUUAUGUUUUCUAUAUGAAAUACAUGGCAGAAGUAGUGGAAAUAGCCUCCAGUGAUUUCAGUGUGUGUUGUCCCUUUAAGCAGGUUGUGCUGGGAGCAUCGGCCAGGAAGCUAAGCUAUACAGUGCUACAGACGGAUACAGUUGAUCUGCCUAAGUAAGCAAGUUUUAGGUAAAAAUGGGCUGAAAAACAAAAUACAAAGUAUAUCCAAAGUUUUUGAAGCGUUUUAUUUUCAUCCAAAAGCCUGUGUUUGACACUAUCUUGCAAUGCAAGCUUUGACUACUGACUACAUGCUCUUCAUGUCAGAGGCAACAAAAACUCAACCAAAGCUAAGUGCCUAAACAGGUAGUGCUCACUGAAAUCACAAGAAGGUAAUGCCACUACUAUUUCCAAGUAGCUCAUACAACCCAGCUUCAAAAAUGCCAGAAUAUCCCUUUAAGCAGAGUUGAGACCUUUGUGUACCAGCAUUUAAAACAUUGAUAUGAUGCGAGGGAAAAUCGAACAAUUUUGGACCAAGAUGAUGACUCAAGAGCUGACUUUUUUAAACUUUGGUACUAAGGUAGAUUACAUUGUUUAAAACUCUUCAACAUCAGUAAGUAAAACAUUUUUGAAAAUACUGAUUAGUCUAAUUUAGAGACACCUCUUAAACAACACAUGGCUAAACACGUGCUGCAUAGGUUUUAAUAUCCACCCAAUACAGGUUUGACUUGAAGUUUCACAGCCCUGUGUGCAUAAGUAAAUAUUUUUCAUGGCAGCUGUUGUACAACUAAUUUAAAAGGGCUGUAAAUGUGCACUGUUAGUAAAAGUGACAGAUUAAGGUGUUAACAACUUCCCGUUGUGUCAGAAUUUGCUUUAAUACAACUUUGAAUGAGAUAUGUCAGGUCAAUUUUGGUCUUGUCAAAAAAGAGGGAAAAUAAUACCAGAAUAAAUCAGGUAUUUUAAAGCAGUAUAUUCUCUUUAGACGAAAGGAAGUUUGUUUCAGAGGAAACAUUUUUAAACCCUUAGUUGUCACAGAUUCAGUAAAACGUUGUUGCCAUAUGGAUGUUUUAAAGUAUUACAUGCAUUUAUUUUGAAAGUUUGUGGAUUCUAUCUGUACUUUAUAAAUGUGAAAGUAAAUGCUGCUGUAAAUGUUUUAGUUGUGUUAAAUUAUAAUGCUGAGAUGGGUACUCUACUGUGGAUUUUCUA